AUGAUAGACACCAUUCUGAAAAUCUUUUUAGGGAAGUAUUUUGAACCAUGCGACAAAAAUUUUCUAACUGUGAAUAUGAAUGCAGGAAUUGAAAUUAGAAACAUCAUAAUAAAGAACGACGAAAUUAAUCACUUUUUAAAGAGUAAAAACAUAGACGUAGAAAUAGUCUACUUAAAAAUUGAAAGAAUUAAUAUCAGUUUCGUAACUCUGUCAGGCAUGCUAACUGUAAAAUGAAUGAUGAUAAUAAUAAUAAUAGAAGUAGUAAUAAUUUUUUCUCUUUUUUCCUUUUUUUUUUUUUCCGUCCUUGGAACCAACCCAAUCGACUCGCAGCUCAAAUUGCAAGGUGUGGAUUUAAGACUGAAGCCACACAUACAUAGGAACACCUCCAAGGGAAUUAAAAAUAAGCUGAUGAACCUGUUAAGACGUAAUGAAGGCGGGGGUAAUCGAGAGGGAAUAAGUGACACGGCGAAAAAUAAAAAGAAGGAUCAACAUGGUCAUGUCAACCUCGAAACCCCCCAAGGGGCAAACAAAACCCUCUGCUGCUGCUGCGAAAGCUACCAAGAUGUGCAGGACAGUCUCUGCUGCUACAACAACGUCAGCAAAAUUAAAACUUAUAUAUGCAAAGAUUGCUCUGUUUUGAAGGACCAAAAUGAUGAGGCACAUUUGGCAUUUCUUAAGAAGAAAGUCGCUUUGGAGAAAGCACACCGGCAUGCUUUCGGUGCAGCAAGCAGAAGAGUUGUGAUCACGUCCAACUGUGUCCCCACUACUGCUACUUCCGCUGUGGGGCCGGAUUUAAAGGCCAAAAGAUGUAGAACCCUUCACCUGAACAGUGCAGAACGGGUUAAGCACUACGAUGAUAUGGGGCAGUUUCUAUACAAAAGUGUGAUGGGGAGAAACCACACGAGGGGUAGUAUGCAAGCCGAAUCGGAAGACCAUGUCUUUGUUAAAGAACUCGUGGAGAAGCAGACCUCCAGGGAUUGUGCCCCCCAUUGGGAAAAUCUAAGUCAUAUGAACAAAGCCAGCGUGGCACACGACACAAGUGCAACAUACGCACUUAAGAGAUUGAACACCCCCCUUCAUCAUUAUUCUUCUCAAAUGGGAAAAAGUGAGCAAGUCCACGUGAAUGCUUCAAAUGGGACGCAACAUAAUCCCAGUGCUUGUAAGCAGAAAUUGAGGGGUAACCAUUCGGAUGGUAGGCAGUUGCGGCAGGGCGUGCAUGUGAACAUAGGCAUGUAUGCUGCUGGAGAAGUGCUCAAUGGUGUGAAGAAUCACCAAGACAAGAACCCUCCGCGUGGCAGCUGUGACGAAUUACGUAACGCCCAUUCAAAAUUAAAGGGAAAAGAAAAUCUCAGCAAAUUUCACAUAUAUGACGACCACAUGGGGGAUGACGUUUACCAGAGAAGCAGCAAAUUAACUGAUCAUGCAGGGGUAGGUUCCCGGGAGGAGAACGACCCCCGCGGGAGUUACCAUAAUGGAGGUGUGCCGUGCAGGUGCCAUCCACUGAGUAAUAAAUGCAUGAGUAUGCUAUACUCAAACAACGGGAUGAGUAGCAACAAUUGUAUGAGGAUAAAAAUCGACCACGUUUGUAGCGCAAAAUUGUGA